AUGGCAACUAGAGUACUCGAUGCAUUACCCUUACGACCCAGCGUGUUUACGCAGAAUCUUCCAGCUGAUGCUUACACUGAAUCGUUGACCGAUCUACAAGCGUCAGAGCGGCUAUUGAGAGUAUCACGACCUGUUUACAACGCUGCCUACUCGUACGUCUUGCCAGAAAAGAGCCCAGAGCCACGAGUCCUUGCCGUAUCCAGUGAAGCAGCCGAAGCGAUCGAGUUGGAUAUUCAACAACAAGACGACGGCGAGUUUGUGCAAGUGUUCUCGGGCAACAAAGUAUUGCGUGAUACGCGACCAUGGGCCCAAUGUUAUGGUGGACAUCAAUUUGGCUUUUUUGCAGGACAAUUGGGUGAUGGUCGAGCUAUUUCAUUGUUUGAGACUGAAACAUCCAAAGGGGAUCGUUGGGAACUUCAACUCAAGGGCGCGGGUCGUACACCUUAUGCUCGUAAUGGUGAUGGUUAUGCUGUGCUCCGUUCAAGUGUACGGGAGUUUCUCAUGUCCGAACACAUGCACGCACUCGGUGUGCCUACAACAAGAGCUCUUGCCCUCGUGUUAACAUCCCGAGAUGUGUUUAGAGAUGAUGCUUUACCCAAUGAACCACAGCCUGAAAAAGGCGCCGUGGUGACACGCAUGGCUCCAUCUUGGGUUCGCUUUGGCUCCUUUGAGAUCUUCUAUUCACGCGGUGAUAUGGACAUGGUGAAGAAGUUGGCUGAUUAUGUCAUUGACAAUGUCUAUACCCUUGAUACCAACCAUGGCGGUGAUGAGAACAAGUAUGCUCGUCUCGUGAGAGCUGUGGCACAACGUACAGCCAAAAUGGUCGCAGAAUGGCAAGCGAUUGGUUUCAAUCACGGUGUGAUGAACACUGACAACAUGUCGAUCUUGGGCCUUACCCUGGAUUAUGGACCCUACGAGAUGAUGGACUUUUAUACUCCUUCCAAUAUUUGCAAUCACUCGGAUGAGACAGGACAAUAUGCCUUUAAACGUCAACCUACGGUGGCCAUUUUUAACUUAUUCAAGUUUGCCGUGACCUUGUUUGAGUUGAUUGGUGCCAAGGACAAGGUGGAUACGCUUGUUUUCCCACCUAGCAAGAACACGGAAGGAGAAGAGGAGCGAUCCAAUGUUACGGAUGAUGAGACACGCCAAGUGUAUCGAGAAGCAGGCAAAUCAUGGGCCGCUCAAUUACUCCAAAACGAAUUUUCAGAUUGGUUUAUGCAAGAUUUACUUUCCAAGAUGCGUCAAAAGCUGGGUUUCAAAGCGGAUGCUGCCAAUGCUGCUAGUGAUAUGAAUGAUGUGAUUAUCCCAUUGCUCGAUUGGUUGACCGAGUUUGAUGUUGAUUAUCAUCGCUUUUAUCGAUCCUUAUCCAAUUACUAUGUCACGGGCGAUGGCGAGGAACAUGAUGCAGAAACGGCUGCUUUGGAUGUGAUACCUAGGGAUGGUGCACGUACGGAUGAAUGCAAAAAGAGUCUCAAGCCUUGGCUUGCCAUCUACCGCCAUCGUUUACUUGCUCAAGGCACCAAGGAUACGGCUGCUGAUAACGAGGCACGUCAACGUCAAAUGGAUGCUGUGAAUCCUCGGUUUGUCUUGCGCAAUUGGAUCGCUCAACAAGUUGUGGAAAACUUUGAAAAGAUGGAUGAAGACGAGGCGAAAUCGGUGCUUCAAGCGUGUCUUUAUGCAUGUACCCAUCCCUUUGAAAGCCACUAUGAAGAUCAACGUAUUGAAGAUUGGGCUAAUCAACCCGUGCCUGAGUGGGGCCGUGAUCUCAAAUGUUCAUGCAGCUCGUAA